UGUCUCUCUCUCUUCCCCUGCUCUCUUAUCCUUCUGUCAUCCCAACCCCUACACCCACGCCCUCCCCCCGGCUCCCAAGUCCCGCAUUCUCACUCUUUUCUGUCUUCGUCUCCUCUCUCUCUCUGUCCCCCUCCUUUAAUAGUACUAGUUUUUCCUCCCAUUUAUCUCUGUUCCCUUUUCAUCUGAGUCGAAUUAGAAAUAGAGAUAUACUACUAUAUGUCUGUGUGGUGCCUCUACACAAUCUCCUUUCCUUGAUCUUCUUCUGCGUGUCUGAAGCCUCUGUUGUUAUUUCAGAAGUGUCUCUUCUUGUUCAGAAGCUCGUAACGAGGAAUCAAACCCUGCGGUCCUCACCCUCCACACACGCACCCUCUCUACUCUAGUACUAUUUGUAUCCAUACAUACUUAAAAAAAAAAAAAAAGGGAGAGGAAAAACAGAGAGAAUAGAAAGAGACCUGAGUGAGAGUGAUUCAUUCACUCAUUCUUAACUUGAUAAAAAUCGAUCUUUGGUCUCUGUGAUACGUUAUGAGCUGUCAAAGACUGAUAUUUUUGAAGAUCAGCUAGCUUUCAGCCCUUUUAAGGUUUCGCAAAGAUUGAAUCUUUGAACGAAAAAGUCCAUGGCUGGUAGUAAUGAAAUCAACGCUAGUGAAUCCAAGAGGGUUGUUCCACUUAAUACAUGGAUACUUAUAUCCAAUUUCAAGCUCGCUUACAACAUGCUUCGCCGUCCUGAUGGCACCUUUAAUCGUGAAUUGGCUGAGUUUCUUGACCGAAAGGUUCCUGCCAACACCAUUCCAGUUGAUGGUGUAUAUUCAUUUGAUGUUGUUGACCGUGCUACAAGCCUGCUUAAUCGAGUCUACCGGCCUGCCCCAGAAAACGAGGAUCAGUGGGGAAAGAUAGAACUUGAAAAGCCCUUGAGCACUACUGAAGCUGUUCCAGUUAUUGUUUUCUUCCACGGUGGAAGUUUUACUCAUUCUUCAGCUAAUAGUGCUAUCUAUGACACCCUUUGUCGUCGCUUAGUCAGCAUUUGCAAAGCUGUUGUUGUAUCUGUAAAUUAUCGUCGAUCGCCAGAAUAUAGAUAUCCUUGUGCGUAUGAUGAUGGAUGGGCUGCUCUAAAGUGGGCACAUUCGAGACCAUGGCUGCGAAGUGGGAAGGAUCUGAAGGUUCAUACAUACUUGGCUGGUGAUAGUUCUGGUGGUAAUAUUGUGCACCAUGUUGCGGUUAGGGCUGCCGAAUCUGGGGUCGAAGUGUUAGGCAACAUUCUUCUUCAGCCAUUAUUUGGCGGGCAAGAGAGAACAGAGUCAGAGAAGAGGUUAGAUGGGAAGUACUUUGUAAAAAUCCAAGACAGGGAUUGGUAUUGGAGAGCAUUUCUACCAGAAGGAGAAGAUAGAGACCACCCUGCCUGCAAUAUAUUUGGCCCCAGGGGUAGAAGCCUUGAAGGAUUGAAUUUCCCAAAAAGCCUUGUUCUUGUGCCUGGUUUGGAUCUUGUCCAGGAUUGGCAAUUGGCUUAUGUCGAAGGGCUCAAAAGAUCGGGGAAAGAGGCGAAGCUCCUGCAUUUUAAGGAUGCCACAAUUGGUUUCUUCUUCUUGCCCAAUAACGACUACUUCUAUACUCUCAUGGAGGAAAUUACCAGUUUUAUCCAUUCUAACUGUUAAUACAUUAAUUAACUUCAUUACUGGCAGCCAUACAUGACAGAAAGCUUGACAUUCAUGCGGGUUCCUUUUAUUUCCCCUUUCGGCAGUGAUGGUGUGUAGUUGUAUGAAUUGUGUAGAAUUACUACUUACUGUUGUUUUCAACUUGUUAUUUCUCGUGGUUGUAUAAGAAGGGUGGAUGUCUCGGGGGACUGGCUGUACCCCAUCCGAAGAUCAAUUGCCGUCCGUUUUAUUGGGGUACAUAAAGCUGGUUUCUCGUGUUGGGACGUUGAUCAGUCAGAUACUGAAGACUGCAACUUAUUAUGGAUUUGCAUAAGGUCUUCGGCUCAAGCUUUACCACAUCCAUAUAAAACCUCUGGCCACGAAGGAGGAGGAUGUAGCACUCAGGUUAAUGGUUGCUGGUCACUCAGGUGACAUCAGCGCGUCGCUAUUAGCAGAAAGUCUAAUUUCAGAGUAUGAUUGCAAAUUCAUGGGGCUGUAAACCUGUAUGUUAUAUACUGUUCGGUAGAGAUAUAUAUUAAGAUUUUGUUUGUUUACUCUCU